AUGAAAUUCGGAGUUCUGUUGUUGAUUUUCUCAACUCUAGGCAUAUUUGCUAAGGAUGUUACGAAAAUUCAUGAUUGGGUAUCAAAGAACAUUCAAUCUCUUGAGAAAUAUAUAUAAGAAACCGAUAUGACAAGCGAUAUUCUGUUGGGCGUUCAAAGAAAUGAUAAAGGCAAAAAGUAAAUCUCCAUCCUUAAAUUAGCUUUUAAAAUUGGAUAUUUUCUACUAAUCAUAAAUAGCAUAUAGAAUUGACAGAUGGACAAAUUAAGAAGACAACUGCUUUCGGUCCAGAAUCUGAGUACUUUACAGAAACUACAUAAAAUUUUGUUUUUUUGGGAACAUAAAUAAAGGAUAAGGAAUGGAUAAAGAUCUAAAUGAAGAAAGGCAAUGAAGAUACUUAAAGAAUUGAUAUGUUUGCUUAAGACAAUUACCAAGGUGUCAGUUUAAUCAAUUCUAAUAAUGAAGGAACUAUGAAUCGUUUAUUAAUUGUAGAAAAAAUGAAUGAAAUUAUUUCCUCUUAUGAAGAACAUGGAAAGUCAACAAUCCAAAUAUCAAAUUUAUCAGAAGGCUAAUCCUUAUUUUAUAUUCUUUACAGUCAAAAUUCAGAAGUCAGUGACAUUGAGAAGUUAUUUAAUUACAUUGUUAAAAACGUCAUCGAUCUUGAAAAGGAACAUGAUAUUAAUGCUGAUGAAGAACCAGUUACCUAAGAUAAUGGAGAAGAAGAAUCUGAUCCAAAUGGCGUAGAAAAAUAAGACAAACCCACAAAAGAAGGAGAUGGUGAAGAAGGCUAAGAAGGCUAAGAAGGUUAAGAAUAGGAAGAAUAAGAACACGAAUAAGAAGAACAUCAGGAAGUACCUGAAGAAGACUGUCCAGGAGGUGAAGAAGAUGAUACUGCUAAGAAUAAAGUUGAUGUUGAUGCAACUACACAAUUGCCAUCUUAAAAUGAUCCAAAGAAUGUCAAAAUAUAAACAAAUGGUGGUGACUCAGAAGAAAAAGUGGAAGUAAUUGAAGAAUCAGAGGAAGAAGAAGAUGAAGAGGUUAAUGCUCCACCAAAAAAGAAUUAAGAGUAAGAUGAAAAUAGUGAACCUGAGCCUCCCUCUGAGGAAUAUUAGAAUUGUGCAGGAGAAGAGUUGGAUACAGUAAAAAAUAAGAGAGAUUUAAACUAAAACUUGGAGACCAAACAAGAGAGAGUAUUUUAGGCUAAAGAAGUGACCAUUAAAGACACAAUACAUGAAGAAGAAGGUGAGGGUGAUGGGUAGACAGGUGGAUAAGGAAAUACUUAAGGAGAAGAAAAGGGUGAUGAAUCUGAAGGAAAGACUGAGGGAGCUGAAGGAAAUGCUGAGGCUACUGAAGGAACCAACGGAGCAACAGAUGAAACUGAAGGUACUCAUGAAGCUGAAGGAACCCAUGAGGCUGAAGGAACACAUGAAGCAGAAGGAACUCAUGAAGCUGAAGGAACACAUGAAGCUGAAGGAACCCAUGAAGCUGAAGGAACCCAUGAAGCUGAAGGAACCCAUGAGGCUGAAGGAACUCAUGAAGCUGAAGGAACACAUGAAGCAGAAGGAACUCAUGAAGCUGAAGGAACUCAUGAGGCUGAAGGAACCCAUGAGGCUGAAGGAACACAUGAAGCUGAAGGAACUCAUGAAGCUGAAGGAACUCAUGAAGCUGAAGGAACUCAUGAAGCUGAAGGAACACAUGAAGCUGAAGGAACUCAUGAAGCUGAAGGAACUCAUGAAGCUGAAGGAACUCAUGAAGCUGAAGGAACACAUGAAGCUGAAGGAACUCAUGAAGCUGAAGGAACUCAUGAAGCUGAAGGAACUCAUGAAGCUGAAGGAACACAUGAAGCUGAAGGAACUCAUGAAGCUGAAGGAACUCAUGAAGCUGAAGGAACUCAUGAAGCUGAAGGAACACAUGAAGCUGAAGGAACUCAUGAAGCUGAAGGAACUCAUGAAGCUGAAGGAACUCAUGAAGCUGAAGGAACACAUGAAGCUGAAGGAACUCAUGAAGCUGAAGGAACUCAUGAAGCUGAAGGAACUCAUGAAGCUGAAGGAACACAUGAAGCUGAAGGAACUCAUGAAGCUGAAGGAACUCAUGAAGCUGAAGGAACUCAUGAAGCUGAAGGAACACAUGAAGCUGAAGGAACUCAUGAAGCUGAAGGAACUCAUGAAGCUGAAGGAACUCAUGAAGCUGAAGGAACACAUGAAGCUGAAGGAACUCAUGAAGCUGAAGGAACUCAUGAAGCUGAAGGAACUCAUGAAGCUGAAGGAACACAUGAAGCUGAAGGAACUCAUGAAGCUGAAGGAACUCAUGAAGCUGAAGGAACUCAUGAAGCUGAAGGAACACAUGAAGCUGAAGGAACUCAUGAAGCUGAAGGAACUCAUGAAGCUGAAGGAACUCAUGAAGCUGAAGGAACUCAUGAGGCUGAAGGAACACAUGAAGCUGAAGGAACACAUGAAGCUGAAGGAACUCAUGAGGCUGAAGGAACUCAUGAAGCUGAAGGAACACAUGAAGCAGAAGGAACUCAUGAGGCUGAAGGAACUCAUGAAGCUGAAGGAACCCAUGAAGCUGAAGGAACACAUGAAGCUGAAGGAACUCAUGAAGCUGAAGGAACACAUGAAGCAGAAGGAACUCAUGAGGCUGAAGGUACUCAUGAAGCUGAAGGAACCCAUGAAGCUGAAGGAACUCAUGAGGCUGAAGGAACACAUGAAGCUGAAGGAACACAUGAAGCAGAAGGAACUCAUGAGGCUGAAGGUACUCAUGAAGCUGAAGGAACCCAUGAAGCUGAAGGAACCCAUGAAGCAGAAGGAACUCAUGAAGCUGAAGGAACACAUGAAGCUGAAGGAACCCAUGAAGCUGAAGGUACUCAUGAAGCUGAAGGUACUCAUGAAGCAAAAGGAACUACCCAUAAAGCAGAAGAAACUGAGGGAACAACAGAUGGAACAGAAGGAAAAGCUGAUGCUUAAUCAAAAGCCCAACCUGAAAAAGAAAAUCACAAUUAGGAGCCAGAAGUAAAAAUAUUAUAUAUUUUACAGGAACCCUGCGUUAUUUUAUACUCAGAAUGUCAUUUCACUGGAGAUGAAUUAAAACUUUGCGGUGCUCACCCUGUUAUUCCAAAUGAUAUGAAAAAUUUUAAAGUGAAAUCAAUAAAAGUUCCCGAAGGUGUUUAGGUUACAUUCUUCAACAAGCCCAACUUUGAUGAUGAAAAAUUACAUGCUAAAAAUGAGAUGGAAUGUCUUGAAACACCUUUAAGAUUGAAUUUACUAGAAUUGAUGAAUAAUCUAAGAAUGUCAAAGCAUAUUAAUAUAAACUCUAUAUCAGUUACAAAUUGA